UUCAUAAUCUAGCCUGUUGUCAUGGCAACAACUGACACCUGGGAGCGACUUGCGAUGGGUAUUGAAGUGAUCUAGGUUAAGAGGAACUUGACAAAAUGGUCAAAGACACACAGCCAAGUAACAACGAAAGGAACUUUAUACUGCAAGCUCUAGAUCAAGGAUUACGGAUAGAUGGGCGGGGACCACAUGAUGUGAGAAAAAUCUCGAUUUCAUUAGGACCCCAGUUUGGGCAUUCUGAAGUUCGUUUGGGAAAGACACGAGUGACUGCAAAUGUUUCGUGUGAGAUUGUGCGACCACGUCCAAGUAACCCGACAGAGGGACUGGUCCAGUUCACCACCGACUUUUCACCCAUGGCUUCUCCCGCGUUUGAGGAGGGAAGUCUAUCAGAAGAAGACGUUCUUGUGAGCCGACUGUUGGAGAAGGCGCUGAAGCAGAGUCGAGCCAUUGAUACCGAAGGACUUUGCAUUGUUGCGGGGGAGAAAGUGUGGCAGUUGAGGGUGGAUCUCCGCGUCUUGGAUCACGAGGGAAACAUUAUCGAUUGUGCUUGUGUUGCAGCCAUUGCAGCACUGCAGCAUUUCAAACGACCGGAUGUCACGGUUAUCGGCGAUGACGUUACCAUUCAUACAAUUGAAGAACGAAGUGGCAUUCCUCUGAGUGUGCAUCACAUACCGAUAUGUGUUACCUUUGCAUUUUUUGCCAAUGGAGAACGACAGGUAGCGGAUCCCUCAUUGCUCGAGGAACAGGUUCGGGAAGGCGACAUGACUUUUGUUAUAAACAAACAUCGCGAGAUUUGCACUUUGUCAAAAGCCGGGGGAAUACCAAUUACUGUAGAGCAGGUCUUGCACUGUGCUAAUAUUGCUACGGCGAAAUCAGAGGAAAUAACAGCGUUGAUUCAGGAGGCUUUGGCGAGGCACAACGAAAGCAUUGAAAGCGUAUAAUAAAUUUACAAAUAAUGUGCAAACAGAGGCUGUUGGAAUACACUCCUCUAAUGUAAUUAUCGCAAUAGGCGAGCCGCUUUGUACAUUUCCUUUGCAUAUUUCUUGUUAUACAGAAUAUCGUAAACAAAUGAACUUUGCUG